AACUUUUAAAAAGCGCACACACAAAUUACUCAAAACACAACUGUCCUUCUUUCACUGACACUCACCACCGCCAAAUGUUACCAGCGGUUCCUGAGAUCCCGGCGGCACCACCUCCUCUUCCCCGAAGCUUCUAAAAAGUUACAUUCACCACAAACCGAAAUGGCUCAACCUCUCAAGCUCAAAGUGUACGGUUUACUGACAAAACUCUCCGACCGUGACACGUAUUCACAAGCGGCAACCGAACUGGACUCAAUAGCCUCCACGUUGGACACGGUUCUGCUCCCGACAUUUCUCUCCUGCAUUCUUUCUACGAAUUCCUCCGAUAAACCGGGAGUCAGAAAAGAAUGCAUCCAUGUCAUCGCCACUCUGUCGUCGUCCCACAAUCUUUCGCCUUACGUCACCAAGAUCGUCAACAAUUUCACACGCAAUUUCCGUGACAAGAAUUCCUCCAUCCAGGCCACGUGCAUAAGCACAAUUUCGUCUCUCUCGUCACGUGUCAGUGCGUCGGCAUUCGUCACUAUUUUGAAGUUGCUGUCCGACGCGCUUUUCACGGAGCAGGAUAUGAACGCGCAGGUCGGUGCGGCACUGUGCCUUGCGGCGGCUAUCGAUGCGGCGCCGGAUCCAGAGGCGGGGAGGCUGGAGAGGAUGUUGGCGAGAUUGGAGAGGUUGGUGAAGAAUGAAGGGUUCAAGGCCAAGGCGGCAGCUUUGGUGGUGGUUGGGAGUGUUAUCGGAUCUGGUGCGGCUGGCGGGGAGGGGCUGAAGGGGCUGGUGAGCUGUUUGCUUGGGUUUUUGAGUAGUGAUGACUGGGCGGCGAGAAAAGCGGCAGCGGAGGCGCUGUGGAGGUUGGCGGCGGUGGAGAAGGAUUCGGUGGCAGAGUUUAAGGCCAAUUGCUUGAAAGUUUUUGAGAGUAGGAGAUUUGAUAAGGUAAAGGCUGUUAGGGAGGUUAUGAAUCAGAUGAUAGAGGCAUGGAAACAAGUUCCAGAUAUAUCGGAGCAGGUGUCUCCGCCACUGCAAUCGCAUUGUUCAUCUAAAGAAAAUUCAAGUGAUGGAAGAUAUCCAGCCGGGUCCAAGAAUUUCACCGCAGGUCUUGAGUUGAAGAGGAAAUCGAUUCCAGCUGGCAAGUCAACUCCACCUGAUAGUUCAUUUGCAACCACUACCAGGAAGAGAGGUCCCUUGAAGAAAACAAGUCCGGCAAUCUUCCAAAAGCUGGAGCAUAAAAAACCUUCCAACUGGAAAGUCGAUAUUUCUGUUCCGGGUUCUGCUUCUUUGACGGAUGCUCAUGAGGAUGAUGUCAAGGAGAGAGAUGGGAACAUCUCAGAAAGAAGGAACAAUGAGAAUGCUAGGCUUCCAAAGCCUGAUACAAGACGUGGCCUUUUCAAUAAGAGUUCUGAUGACAAGGUGCAAAAAUUUGGAGGGUUGAGGUCUGGAUCUCGGGUGGCUCCAUAUCAUGAGGAGAGCCAUGAAGAUACUGUUGUAGUAAGUAAUAACUGCGAGAAUCUACACACGAAUCAUAAAGACUGUGAAGAUUUAUCUUUGAUCCGCAAUCAACUUGUUCAGAUUGAAAAACAGCAGUCCAGUCUGCUAGAUCUCCUUCAGAGAUUCAUUGGUAGCACACAAAAUGGGAUGAACUCUUUGGAGACACGUGUUCAUGGCCUUGAGCUGGCACUGGAUGAGAUAUCGUAUGACUUGGCUGUAUCAACUGGAAGGAUGACCAAAACUGGCUCCCAGGGAAUCACAUGUUGUAUGCUACCAGGUGCAGAUUUUUUAAGCUCCAAAUUCUGGAGGAAGACAGAAGGCCGAAGUUCAACCUCAAGAUUUACUACUCCUGGUGGCACCUUAUCGAGUGCCAUGCGUCACAGAACUGAUAUUAAUGGCAAUUCUGAAAUGCUUAAGUUGCAGAAUCAUGGGUUGAGGUAUCAGGGUGGUGGAUUCAUUGUGAAUCCACUAGCAGAAAUUUGCGCCGACUCAAGGGGUGUAUCAGAGGUGGCACAUCAGUAACUAGUGGAAUCUGUAGCAGGUGCAAAGCUGGGAGGUCAUGAAGAAAUCAUUAGACGCGUGAUAGUAGGUGAAGAUGAUUCUAUGUCAGAGGCCCAUUACUGGACAUGGAUACAGAAUUUUCUUUUUCUUUUUUACUUAACCAUGAAAGUAGUCCCCUCAGUCAGCACUCGGGGGACCAAGAAAAAAGCAUAUUUAUUGAAUAAUUCUUGAAUUAGAUUAGCAUUCUUUUUUUACUUAUUUUGCAAGUAUAUUGAAAACGGAAAGAAGAGACUUCACUUUACACCAAAUGUUUCCACCAGGCCGCCACCACCAUAUUAAAGUGUGAGAUGUGUAUAGAUUAGGGCAGCCUUUAUCUCCUCCCAUUGAUGGUUACCAAGUCAUUUUCUUUUGUUGUUCUUGCUUUGGAUAUUACUUGAUAUGAAUUGAAAGUGAUGAUCGUGAUUAAUGAUAAUA